UGAGGAGGGUUUUGAAGGAGAGGGAGGGGACUUGGCACACAGGAAGAGGAAGCUGAGGAAAAAUCAUGGAUUUGCGAUUGGGACAGAGGAAAAAAGAAGAUGUGACAGGAGACAAUGUGAGCCAAGAUGUAGGUGGGGCAGACUGUUUAGAAUUGAAAGGUGAGGGUGAGGAAUCCAGGCUUGAUGCGGAAUCAGCCAGUCAAUAGAUUGAUGAUGUUUUAUGUAUGUGUAUGGAUGAAUGUGUGGGAGUUGGGAGUUGUGAUGUGUCAGGAGAGGAAAAACAGCUGAAUCUUUAGUACUGUAGAGAAGCAAAAUGAUGGUGUUCGUAGGCAGGUGAAGGGAGAACAAUGUGUGUGUGAAUUCUGCCAUUGGCGCAAGGGUUGGAUUUUAGAAAUCAUUCUGGUUUUGCCUUCCCACUGUUGCAGGUUUACGGUUAUGCAAAGGAAUGUUUUAAAAUACAAGUGUUUUAGCUAAUUGAUGUGUAAGGCUGUUGGGUAAUUUCUACUAAUGUAUUUCUUGAUCGUGCAAUUUCCUGUGCUUUGAUUUAGUGAAUCUAAUUAGCAUAAUGACAGUUUUCCUCAGUAGUGAUAAAGUAAUGUUUUGUCUUCUAACUACAGUGUCCCAUUACUUCUCUCCUGACAAUUUUCUCGGCUUACUUGAAAGGUGAAUUUUAGUAAGAAUAAGAAAAGAAGGAAAUACACUUUUUUUUUCCAAAGUAAUAUAUGUAAAUGAGAAACUCACUGUAGUAAGGUACUGUGGGUAGCGGGAAAUCAGGAUGGAUGGUGCAGUGUUACAAAAGCAGAGCCAAUAGAGGGACAGUGUCAGGACACAAGGGAGAAGUGUGGAAAACUUCUUAGGAGGGUUUUGCUUUUACUUCAUUGAUUUCUAAUGUGUUCAUAUUUGGGCACUUGGCUUUGUGUAUACCGAAUGCUUUGGGGUAAAGUCCUGAUAUUAAAGAUUUGCAACUGUUUUCUGUGAUAUCUGUGAUAUUUAGUGUCCUGCUAUUAUGGUUGACAGCGUAGCUGUCUUACAAUGACCCUGAGACAGAUUUCAGAAUUCAUUAUGCUUUAGGCUCCCACUUAUUUUCCCAUUUUCUGUUACGUAUUUCUAAGGAAGAAGGCACAAACAUAUCUUUUUGAAGGAGGAGUUACUGUGCUCUUCAAAAGAAAUGUAGUUACCGUAGUAUCCUAGAUGCUAAACAGUUCUCACAUGUCAGGACCUGUGUGGUUGAGCAGUUGCUCAGCAGGCAUUCAGGGUUAAAAAGCAGGAACUAAAUGUCUCACUUUAGUGUGCUUAUAUGUUUACUCUGGAGCUAAAAUAAAAAUGGACCCAUGGAGUUUCUGACCAAUUCAGAAUCACAAAAUUGUUGAUGUUGGAAGGGACCUUUUGAGAUAAUUUUGUCUACCCUCUUGCUCAAGGUUCUCUUCACUGAGUUUAAAUUUACAUGCUAAUCUAGCAAAAAAAAAAAUAACUGUCACCAUAAUUAAUGUCUCUCUGCUCUGGCUUCUGAAUGUUUAACCUUUGCUUGUUUCAUUGUUAUAUGUGUCUUGCUACCCAUUGUAAGCUCCAUGUCUUAAGGAAAGUAUCCAAACAAUGAAAUAAAAUGCAAACAAAAAACCCCUUCAUGCUGUACCAGAAAAGCUACAAUUAGAACAGGAUACUUAGUCAGCGUGGUCCUCGAAGCUCAGUAUCUUCUGAAAGCUUAUUAUUUCAGGGUGCAUAGCUUCACUGAAAAUUACAAUGCUGUUUAGAAGCUGUUUUGAUGGAGGCUGCCCUUCCUUCGCUUCCCACUUUUAUCAUAAGAUCCAAGCUUCAGCCAUGUUACUGAUCCUCUUCAUCCCUUGGCCAGGGUACAGUGUAAGACUUCUACUCUCAGGUCUGCUAACUCCUCACCAGCACAAAUAGCUCAAUCCUUUUUUUGUCCUGCUGGAUGGGCAAGGCUCUGGAUGGACUGGAGCUAAUGUGUGUGCUCGUUUUGGCUGGCCAAAAAAGAGGAUUGGAUAGCUUUGGUCAAAGCUGCUGCUGCAGCAGCAGCCAAGAACAAAGCAGGAAGUAAACCUAGAACCAGCGCAAACAGCAAUAAAGAUAAAGAGGACAGAAAAUGGCUAAAAGUUCCUUCAAAAAAGGAAGAAACGUCAACCUCUACAAUCAUGCAGGAAGUCCAAAAAAAAGAAGAGGAGCCGACAUCUAGUGACACAUUUGUAGGAUUUCCUGUAGUGGAUGUUCCAAAGAUGGCUUUUGUGCAGGCAGAGAGCACAUUAUCACACAAGAGGAAAAGUAAUCUAGGCAACUCAUUUCAGGCAAAGAGAGCUCGUCUUAACAAGAUCACUGGUUUAUUGGCAUCCAAAGCUGUUGUUGCAGAUGGUGCUGAAAAAAAGGAAGGCAGCAAAGAAACAGCUCCAGUCCUGGAGCAGGAGAUUUCACCUAAACCACAAAGUCAGAAAAAAAAUGAAGCUGAUAUUAGCUGUUCUGCCAACAUUCAGAAACCUGCACUGUUAUCAACUUUGUCUUCAGGAAAGGCUCGCAGCAAGAAAUGCAAACAAGAAUCUGGAGAUUCUUCUGGGUGUAUAAAGCCCCCUAAAUCACCACUUUCCCCAGAAUUAAUACAAGUCGAGGAUUUGACGCUGGUCUCUCAGCUUCCUUCUUCUGUGAUAAAUAAAACUAGUCCAUCACAGCCAGUGAAUUCCCCUAGAUCCUACAAACAUAGCCAACGGAGAAGAAGAUCACAGCGUUUAGCCACUUGCUCCUUGCCUGAUGAUUCUGUAGAAAAAGUUUCUUCUCCCUCUUCAGUUACUGAUGGAAAAGUGUUCUCCAUCAGUGGUCAAAACCAACAGUCAUCAAAGUUGGAGGUACCUGAUGUUGCUCAUAUGUCACUUGAGAAGCGUGGACCAUGUCUCCCUCUUGAUUUAAGCCGUAGUUCGGAAGUAACAGCACCAUUAUCCACAGAAUCCACUUUCCGUAAUGAAUAUCCCAGUAAAGACAAGGAAGAUAUUCAGAUGAUUACAUAUCUUUCUUCCAAAGCAGUAACUGAUGGAAGAGUAGCUACAACAGCGUCAGCACCCUCGUCCCAUGUACAUGCCUUACAUCUGGAAAUGCCUUUAACCAAUAGUCUAAAGUUACCCAAAGGGAAUAGUAAAAAAAAGAGGUCUUCCACAUCAGUGAGCUCUGAAGGGACAGAGAUACAGUGCUCUGUGCCCAUAAAGGAGAAAUGUUUUGAGAGUCUGAAGGAGAAAAUAUUAAAGAACGUGAUUGAGAAGGACAAGCAUUCAGAAGUUGGUGCAGUGCGAAUGGAAAGAAAAGGAAAACUGGAAGAGAAAAGUUCUUCAACAUAUGGUAAAAAGAAAGAGAAGGAAAAGGAGAAAAAAGAGAAAAAGGAGAAAGAUCAUAAAUCAAAGCAGAAAAAAAAGAAGAAAAAAAAGAAGAAAUCUAAACAGCAUGAUUAUUCAGAUUAUGAAGAUAGUUCUGUUGAAUUCUUGGACAGGUGCUCUUCUCCAUUAACACGGUCGUCGGGGAGCUCUCUAACUUUGCGCAGCAUGUUCUCAGAGAAGAAUACAUCAUACCAGUAUCCAAGAGCUAUCUUGUCUGUUGACCUUAGUGGAGAAAACCUUUCAGAUAUGGAGUUCUUGGAUGAUUCCUCUACAGAGAGUUUGUUACUUAGUGGUGAUGAAUACAACCAGGACUUUGAUUCAACUAACUUUGAAGAGUCUCAGGAUGAAGAUGAUGCUAUCAAUGAAAUUGUUAGAUGCAUUUGUGAACUGGAUGAAGAAAAUGGCUUUAUGAUUCAGUGUGAAGAGUGCUUGUGUUGGCAGCACAGUGUAUGCAUGGGACUGUUAGAAGACAGCAUUCCAGAGCAGUACAUCUGUUAUAUCUGCAGAGAUCCACCAGGAGAAAAAGGUCAUUCACAAUGUCAGUAUUUUAAAGUGUAUUGGGAUAAUGGGCAGAAAGGAGAUAGACAGGGUAUUCUCCUGAAAGGUCAGAGGUGGAGUGCCAAAUAUCUUUAUGAUAAAGACUGGCUAAACAGUGGACACAUGUGUGGAUUAUCAUUUUUGAAAGAAAACUACUCUCAUCUUAAUGCCAAAAAGAUUGUGUCAACCCAUCACCUGCUGGCAGAUGUCUAUGGUGUAACUGAAAUAUUGCACGGACUACAGCUGAAGAUUGGGAUCUUAAAAAAUAAGCAGCACCCAGACCUUCAUCUCUGGGCUUAUUCAGGGAUGCGAAAAGAACAAGAACAAAUAACUCUUGGGGUAGAGAAAAAAUUAGUGACUUUACCAGAUUCUGUUAAUCCAACCGAAAGGACAUGUCACAGUCAAAAUCAUAAAGAGCAGCCCAGUAUACCCCAGAAGACGGAGGGAACAUACAUCACAAGUGAGCACAGUUACCAAAAACCACAGAGUUUUGGACAAGACUGCAAAGCAGUCACUGACCCUAUGAGCUCAGAUGAUGAAGAUACAAGUAGUUAUGAUGAAGAUCAGGAAUUUCACACAGAGACUAAAAACUGUUUACAAUAUUCUUUUAGAGAUGAUGGCAUGAAUGAGCGGAAGAAUUCUGCUGAAGGAAACACUGUGUUUGUUUGUAAUGAAAGAAAAGGCUCAGAGGAACAAGUGGACACACAUCUUCAAUGGCAGCUAAAUCUCCUUACCCAUAUAGAGAAUGUACAGAAUGAAGUCACCAGCAGGAUGGACCUGAUUGAAAAAGAAGUUGAUGUUUUAGAAAGCUGGCUUGAUUUCACUGGAGAACUGGAACCACCAGAUCCUCUGGCAAGAUUGCCUCAGCUCAAGCGACGUAUCAAACAGCUCUUAAUUGACAUGGGGAAAGUACAGCAAAUAGCAACACUUUGUUCUGUAUGACAAAAGGAAGAAUAAAGAAAUAAAAAUAGGUUCUCUUACAGUGAAUUUUCUUACUAGCCACAAGACUGACAGGAAGACAGCAAAAAGCUGAGCAUUUAUCUGGUUCUUUGCUGAUUACAUUAGCCUGAAGCUUUAGAGAGAGGAGAGGAAAUUUAGAGUAAAGUAUCUGUUAUAUUGGAAAUCUGAAUAUUCAGUGUCCAAGCUUCAAAAUGUAAUAUAUUGCAUACUGAGAAAUGUUGAUAUGAUUUUAACAUGAUAAACAAGAAAAUCCCUGCAUACAAGAAAGUUGAACAAAAACUCUGCAAAGAACAAGGUUACUGUUUUGAAAAUUUUGGCAAAAAAUUCUAAAUUCACAGAAUUCAGCUGACUAAACAUUCUUGGGAACUGCUUUUUUAAUGAAUUCCUCUUAUCUUGCUAGCAAAAGUUAGACACAGAGAGAUCUGUAUCCUCUCUACAAGGAAAGUCUUUAGAUUAUUUCCUUCUCUCAUGAAUGUUCAGGAAAAUGAACAUAAUAGCUUUGAUUUUUUGAAAGAAAUUACUUAUUAUGGUCUCCUUUUUAAAAUAUUUUUUUAAAUAGAAAUCCUUAUUACAGCACCCUUAGGCUUCCUUUAAAACAUAAGUGGCAAAUGGUGGUCAGAUGUGCCAAAUAAUAUUAAAACCACUGGGAUGAGAGUUUGAUUAUGACUUACAUGAAGGUUUUUUCCAAAGUCCUACUUGGUGCCAGCAAUCCAUCCAAAAUUGUGUAGUUUAUAUUUUUUUAUGUUCUAUUGCAGUAUUCAGGAUUCAAGGUACAAUUUUUGUCCUGGGUAGCUCUGUUCUGGUGUUGGCCCUCUGAAACUUUACCAUCCUCAGCUGGGAUGAGGAAUGACAAGAGCAGCAACACUGUGGCUGUGAAUAUACUAAACCACUAGAAUAAAUAUCUCAAGAUACGUUAUCCAAGAUGUUUUUAUAAAAACUUUCUGCUUCAGUGAACAAAAUGUCAUGAAACCAAAGGCAACCUACUUGCUCUGUUAGCUCUUGCUGGAUUUUGAGCCCAGGACUUUCCCUGUGCUUAUAAGUUGCCGCUGUAUCCAGUGCUACAUGCAUAUUUGUAUGUGUAUGUAUAUGUGUAUAGAUACACAUGUACAUAUAUACAUACUAUAUACAUUUAUAUCUACACAUGUCUAGUUUUAUUACAAUAGACUAUAAGAACUGGUGGUUAACAUGAAAUGUUACCUUUUAACAAGCAGUUUCUAAAAUUGAAAAUAAUGUAUGUACAGGUUUUGAAAUUUGUAAAAUAUGACUGUUAAAAGGAGGCUAUUUAACUGAUGACAUUAAGAUACUUGAACAUUUUAUGCCUCACGUCUGUUUAUCAGUUCUAGUUAUCUGUAUAAAUGCAUUUUAGAACCGAUAGACAGUAAACUUGAAUUUACCUUUUGAUAAGAGUACAAGCCACUGUACAUUCAAAAAUUAUUUAAAUUUGCAAACACACUGUUCUAUAUGUAAGGUACUGUAUGUAAAACUGUUUAUUAAAACUAUUCUGCAUACUCUACAUUUUUCAUUUUUCUUCCUGAUCUUCAUACAAGUAUAAAAAAGCGAUUCUUAUAAUGUUCAGACUAUCAAAAAUCAAAAAAUCUUGGAAUGCCUUUUGAGGAUGCAUAAAAUUGAAAAAUGUGCCAAAGAUGGAUUAUCUGGGAAAGACUUUGCAACCAGUGCAUUGAACUUUCGUGGUAAAACCAUUAUUGAGAAAGAAAGCAGCAUGGCUGGUUCAUUGCUAAAAUAAACUUACCCUGACAUUUCCCGUCUGUCUAUCAUAUCUGAAGUGAGUUAUCACUCUUGAUGUCCAAAGCGAAAUGUAAACCCUUGUUACAGGGUGGUUGCUAUUUAAAAAGUCUUGCCACAUCAAGCUUGUAGGAGAUGUUACAGAGCUGCAUGGUAACAUGAAAGUUAAUUAUGGAAUCAUGAUUGGCAACUUCAUAAUGCAGAAAGAACACACAAGCUGAGGAGUUGUUGACAUUUUUAUAGCAACUGAUAAUAAAUAAAAUACUCUGUGUUAUAUAGUUGGAUGCUUAAAUAACUGCUUCAAACAAUAUGAAUAGUUGAGUGACCUACUUGCUUUUGGAUAUGUGAGACUUUUUUAUGUAUUAUUCACUUGCUGCAUAUCCUUGAAUGUGGUACUGUGUGUACUGUAUAAGAGAAGUGUAAAUCCAAAUUAAUUACUUUGAAACAAAGUGGAGUGUAUUUACAUAAUUUAUACAGCACACACUGUAGCAAUAUUAUGCAAUGUGCGUGCAUGCGUGUGAUGUAAUAUAAUUGUAAAUGUUACUGAAGGCGGAGGUGGACCGAGAGAUUCUAGGUGGAAGGGUGGAGGUUUCAUUCUUAGUGCAGAGAUGGAGGAAUGGUAUCCUGAAAAGGAAAUCUUAAGUUCAAAGUUAAAGUUGCCCUUGCAGCUUUAAGUUGUCUUCUGUUUGUAUAUGUAAAGGUCUCUAAAUUUACAUGAGUAUGUAAUUUUAUCCCUCAGGAUCCUGCCUUAUUCAGCAUCGACUGUGCUUACAAAAACAAAUAAUCUGUUCAGUAUUUUUUUAUCUUCAUCUCUUGUGUAGUCAUGUAUUAUAAAAAUUCCUGCAAGCAUUCAUAUCUUUUAAGAAAUACAAUCUCAGUGUCCUUAUGGACAGCGCUGUGAUACUUUGUGUGUUGCUUGAAUGCUUCACAAACUUGUCUGAAUUUGCUUUCUCAAAUUGUGACGUUAGUAUGUAGCGUGAGCCUUAGUUUUGGCCCCAGUUUCUUAAGUAUUCAAAGGUUUGGGAUGCUUUUGAAGUUUUUUCUUUAAACACUUACAAGUCAAGUGCCGUAAAAAUGCUAAGUGUUUUGCACAGAAUGUAACCUACAGUGGAUUGCUCGUGUGCCAGUCAAACCUGAUGUGAUCUGGCUCAUACCAGUAUUUCUUCUAGUUGGCCUUAUCGAGAGGAUCUUUUUCCUGUAGGCAUCAUUUUCCAUCUGUCUUCCUGCUUCCUUUGUAAAUAAGCCAGGGAUCUGUACACAGUCUAUUUGCAACAUCAUUUAUCAGGGUGUGAAUUUGUGCUGUAUGAUGAAAGAGGCAAACCCUCUCUGUGGAAGAAAUAGUAUAUGGUAAAAUUUUUAAAUUUGCAGCCUUCUUUUAACUUAGUGUAAGUUCUUAAUGCUAAUAUACAAAAGGAAAAUGUCAUUGUACAGAAGCCUCUUGUGAUUUCACAGGGCUAAAUGUCAAACUUGUGGAGCCUUUAAAUGCCCAGCUUCUUCUCUGAGGCUUGUUUUGUUCAUGGAGGUAUCAGGGUGAUUCAUUUCAAAGCCUCCUCCUUUCUGUGACCAUACUCUAGGCAUCUACAUCGGGAAUUCUGCAUUUUCAGUUGCAGUGAUGGCAGUAGGACAUCAGUACUGCAGUCAUAAAUGAAAUGUUGCCUUAGUGAUGUGAUCAGAUAUCACAUGUUGAGGUUGCCUAUGUUUCAGUUGCAAAAUGGAGGUACUUCAAGUCAUAUGGCAGGGAAUGAGUUGGAAGAUGCUUCCUGCUAACCAUUUUCUUGGGUAUCUGUAGGCUGAACAGUGCCCAUAUUGCAGAUAUUCUGGCCUUAGAUGCAUAGAUCUUUGUUCGGCUAAUUUGCAGUGGUAGAAGCCUGUCUUCCUCUUUAAAAUAGGUGAAGAAGAUGGGUUGCAAUUUUCUGAUAGAUAUAACAUACUUGCUGUGUGGCAAAAAAUUGAAACUACUCUUCCAUGGCUGCAGUCCUCUUGUAUGGCUGACAUCCACCUGUCUCUUAGUUUUGUCUCUGAGCUUCUACAUGUGCUCCUCAUCUGUUUGUUCUGCAGCUUGCAUCUGUUUCUUCUUUUGUUUUUCUGCUUUCUACACUGGCUUCUCCUCUGAUGCCUGGAGGGUUUCAUUCCUCUGUUCUUAUGCCCAGUUCUUUCUGGCUGCUGUGGGAAGCAGUCGUGGGGACAGGUCUCCUCUGCUCUGUCCUGAUUCCAGUGUGACCUGUGAGCUGUGUACGGUUGGAGUGUGUGCACCAUGGUAAAAAUUUUCAGAUGUUUUUGCUGCCUUCCUUUAGUAAAGCUUUUCUGAUGUUGCGCAGGUGGUGAUCCUCUGCUCCCAUCUGGCUUCUAACUUAAGACUUGAAUGAAUGUUGCAGCAAAACCCCUUUGCCACAGUUGGGCUCCAGCACUUCUCACCAAACUGAAGGCUGGGAUGUAAAGGAGCUGCUUGAGCAUCACCGUAAAAUUGUAAAAGUAUUUUGAUGCUUGCAAACCAGAAUAUUUUUCCUUUGUAUAUGAAGAGAAAUAGCAACUAUUUUUAUUCACUGAAACUUUUAAAGACUCAAAACAGAUCCUAAACUGAACUGAAGCUUAAUGUAAAAAUAAGCAACAGAAGUAGGGGGUGGGAAGCACUCUGCAAACAGGGGCUUCAUAGCAAGAAGUGUGCAAUCAGGCCAUCUUGACUACCUUGUACUGUUCAAAGUUAUAGUGGAGUGCUGAUGUGUAAAGGGGGUGCAUGCAAUGAUGCCAUUCCUUUACAAAUGGCACCCAUCUUUGUUGUGCUGGUUUAGAACACUGGAACUGUAGGUUCUCUCUCUACUGCUUAGAAGCAUUACAGUACAUGCACCUUAAUUUUGGAGUGCUUAUUAAGGUCAGCGGCUUAAUCACUUUCGAAAUGCCCAUUGCUAUUCUCACAUUUUAUUAGCUGACACUUUUUUUCUGUUGUACUGAGUCCAUGUGGCUUUAGGUGAUAAUUUUACAGAGGACGUUUGAAAAUACUUCAGUAAUGGUUUUUAUUAUACUAUGUUAUGUCCUGGGCACUGGGUGUGGGGGUCUGUCUUUAGCAAUAAGUAUUAUACACUAUGUGUAUAUCUGUUUAUAUAUAGAAAACAAAUAUGGAGCAUGUAAUGAUGGUGAAAAUACACUGCACAGAGAGCAGAUUGUGCAUUUGGCAGCCAUUCUGCUCCAGCCUGAAUAACUCAAAUAAAAAAUUGGAGACCACAUGGAAAGAAUGAACUAGCGUGAAAAAUCAUUCAGGAGUGAAUUUCCUUUUCCAUACACGCUGGACCUAUGUGUAAGCGGUCGAUGAGCCAGCCUUAUUCUAUGGAUUGAAUAACUAAAGCUAGUUCAAUUGCUGUUCACUUCGAACAGCAGCCUUCCUUUCUUUAAAGCUGGCCAGAGUCACCUCAGUUCGGCUGUAGCCACGUGUGUCAGUGUAUUGUCACUAAACACUCUGAGAGAGGCAGCAGUGCACUAUAUAAAUCUUCUGUGAGAGAAGCAAAAUACUUUCUUCUGUGAUUUGUUUUUUUAUAAUAGCAAUAAUGUUGACUGCAUUCUAAUACUCACAAUAAAGGUCUGUUGAGAUUACGUGCCUGGGCUCCCAUUCAGUGGCCUUUUGUUUUGGUGAGUUAGUGUUUAUAUAUGUUUUAAAGCAUUAGGGAAUCUUCAGCUGCAUUUUUAGCCUGUAGUCAGUGUUACAUGCAGUCAUUGAUACCUAUUUAUCUGUACACAUUGCAAAGCUUUAAGGUAUCUUCAGUUGUACUUUAGUCUGUAGGCAAAUUAUGCAGUCAGUAAAUUAUUUACAGUACUGUAUUACUUAUUGUGGCAAAGUAAUUAGAAGAUUCUUCUGUUCCUGAACUGCCUUGGUGUUUAACAAUUGCAGUGUUUGAGUUUUGCAAUGCACUUGGUACUUAAAAGACAGUAUAUUUCAACAACAUGUUUACAGUGAUGGCAACUCUUCUUUGGGCAGAUGUCUGCCUUCUAAGGGUGUUUCUAAUUUUGUGCCUUUGUACAACAUCCUUACAAAAUAACUUCAGUUUCCUUGUAGUGAUUUAUUUUAAUAUUGCCUACAAGCUGUUGUUCAGGACUACUGUAGUAGAAAACAAAUAAGCAAACAGUUGCUAAGAAAGUUCUAGACAUCUUGUGGACCAGGACAUAAAUGAUAAGUAGCAGAUGAAUGAAACUGACCAGAAUCUCAGUGAGUUACUAAUACAGAGAAAUGGUUCUGUUUUUCACAGCAGAAAUAGAUAUGAUCGUAAACGUAACAAAUUUCAGAAUUGUACUUGUGAAGCAUGUUUUAAUCAUUAUUUGAAGAGACGGUCUCAAAGCAGUCUCAAAUUUAAGAUACAGGACCAAAUUCAGAUCUUGGAGUAAUCCACUGAAAGACUUUUUCUACUUAGCAGACUCAUUAAAGAGUUUUCCUGAGUCAGACCAAACAUCUAGCCAGCCCAGUGUCUUCAGUAGAAAUAGUGUCAGCAUCUGUACAAAAGGUCUGUACAAAUCGGUCUUUCCCUUAAUGUAUCUUUCACUUCUGGUAAACUGAAGUUUCCUUUAGCAUAUCUUUAUGAAGACCAUCAGUUCUAUCAAUCACCUACAGAUCUGUGCUCCAUGAGUUUAAUCCGUCUUUUUUUCAUGAAUGUCUCUCCACAAUAUCAGGUGGCAUUCCGAGUUCCACAGCUUUGUUGUGGGUUAGAAGGAGUUGUGUUUGUCCUUGAGCUUGCUUUCUGACUCCAUUGGCUGCACACUGCUGCCUUCAGUUCAGCGAAGGUUAAGUAUUGCCUUAUUGACAAGACCAAAAGUAGUUUUAUCUACCAGCACCAGAAGUUUGGCACCCUGUUGCUGUCCUUGUGUGACUGGUGGUGCCUUUUCUCACUACAUUAGCUUGCUUUUGACAAACAUUGAAUCAAUUUGGUGCACAAAUCUAUCCAUCACGGCACUGCGGGUUGCAGACCUGAUUGCGACUUGGGGUUUCAGAGCAAUCUGCAUCCCAGAUGUCAUGAGAAUCAAAUAAAUAUUUUUCUACCUUGCUUCACUGUGGUACUAUUAGAGGAAAACUGUGUUAUCUCCAAUGGAUAAGUAUGAAAAAAAGCCAUUUUGCCUGUCCUAGAAAUGGUUCAUUUCUGCAGGGACAAAGGCAAAGUAAAAUGUUCUUAUAUGGGCUUCUUGAUGUUCUUUUGACAUCAAAGGCACUUUUCCAGCCAGUAAACUAUAAUACAAAAAACUAAGAAGCUCUCUGCCCACUUUUCUAAUCCAGCCAAAUUUAGUGUAGAAGUUAUUGGAACUUCCCCAUGAUUCUUUCACUAUGAAGAAUGUGUCAGGCAUGAAGUGACUGAAACUUAUAUUAGAUAGUGGGGCUAUGCUUUUUUCCUUGUCAUCAUUUAAUGUUGCAUCACAUGAGGACUUUUUAAAACUUAGAGAUGAUAGAGAUAAGUGCUUCACAAGGUCUUGCUAUUGCUAUCUGUGCCAAAAUCAUGUGAAGAUUGAGACAAAUGUCUCAUGUUUGGGAAGAAAUGUACCAAAUGUAAAACAGUUCUCUUCUAUCUGUAAGUGUAAUAGGUUACUGACAAAUGAUGUUAUUCUGUGUUUUUACAUAGUUUUCUUAAAAUGUGUAAGAGGAUUGUCCAAUAUUGGUGACUUAUUUAACACAGAAAAGCAGUUUAUUAUUUAAAAAUAUAUUAACUAAUUGAUAUGGACGUAAUUUGACAAUGGUUCUUCAGAUUUUUGCUUCUAAUUUGCUGCUUCAUUCAGGAGGCUUAAGUUAACUUUAUAAACUAAGGUUGAUUUCUCAGGCUCAAGUUUUAUUUGGGCGAGAGCAACUUUUCUGUGGGUAUAGAUGUUUAUGUAUUCAUAUACAGGAAUCAUUUACCCUUGGGCUUUCCAAUAUGUAAAAAUUGCAGUUGCACAAACUGUCUUUUCUGCUAAGAAAGUGUAUGCAAAAACUGGAACAAUGAAUAAAUGGUCUGCUUCUCCCUUGA